GACGCUCGCAUCGGAGAAUAAUGUCACGGCGCCUCCAUCGGGUGCGGAGUCUCGAGAAAAAUCAAUGCUGAGCCAAGAGAAACAGCUGAUUGCGGAUGGCAACAAAAGGCAUAGGCUCUCAGGUGCAAUUUGCCUUCGUCCCGAGAAAUAAGGCAUCGGAGAUGGAGGAUACAAUGAUUUCUGAUAUUUCUAUUGGUUGCAAAAAUAGCAAAAGCAUUUCAUCUAGCACUGAUACGUCCUUAGCACUUAGUCGUCCACUUAAAAGCGAAUCGCCGAGGAAUGCAGAAAUAGCAAAAAGUAAUUUGGCAGAACAGACGAAAGCGGCAAAUCACAGGGGAAAUAAAUUGAGCGAUGAGACGCUGAGCUGUGAAUUUGCAGCGAAAGUUCAGCUGGAAAAUGAUUCUAGACACGCAACCGUAGGCACAACCACAACAACCGAACCACCCUCGAAGUGUGCACAAGCUGAGAAACCCAAACAACCCCCUGAGAUACCCAAAUCGCACGCUAAUCCUGGGGGGCAGUACCCUCAUCCACCGCCGCAUCCAUCGUCCCACAGUCGACUACUCCCAAAAACUCAAUCUCUCGACAUUGUUGAGGACCGCACGGGAGAGGGUGCGGAGUAUUUUGCCAAAUCCCGGGAUAGUUUGGCGCGGGAAAAUAUGGGGAAGAUUAGUACGUUAGAACAAACACGGCCCAUUUAUCCAAAUGUUCCUUACAGCCCAUACGGUAGCCCGUAUGGGAGUCCUCGUUUUGGGAGGCGCCGAACACCUCUCAGGGAAUCCAGUAGGAUAUCCAUCGAACAGUCGGGGAGCUUCUUGCAGCUCAAUCAGUACAAACUCCUUGAUUCAAUUGGCCAGGGAUCCUAUGGACUUGUCAAGUUAGCUUACUCCGAGGAAGACUCAACACACUACGCCAUGAAGAUUCUUUCAAAGAGAAAACUCCUAAGGAAAGCGGGAAUCCUCUCACGAGGACCAAGGAAGCCCACAUCUCCCCUCGAUAGGGUUUACAAAGAAAUUGCGGUGCUCAAAAAGUUGGAUCAUCCAAAUGUGGUCAAACUGAUAGAAGUCAUGGAUGAUCCUCUUGAGGAUUCCCUGUACCUGGCCUUUGAACUGGUUCAGCAAGGCGAAGUACUCAGCAUUCCCACAGACAAGCCACUAAGCGAAGAACGAUGCUGGAGUGUCUUUAGGGAUUCACUCCUUGGACUGGAGUAUUUACACUACCAAAAAAUAAUUCAUGGCGAUAUAAAGCCGGGGAAUUUGCUCCUUGGGGAGUGCGGGAGGGUAAAAAUUGCCGACUUGGGGGUGUGCAAUGAAUUUCUGGGUGAAGAUGCUGCCAUGAAUAAUGGAUCGACUGCUGGAACACCGGCUUUUCGAGCACCGGAAACACUUCAUCUGGGACAGCAUUCCUACAAUGGAAAAGCUGCAGACAUUUGGGCACUUGGAGCCACCCUGUAUGCUCUUGUCUUUGGGAAUGUCCCAUUUAUGGCCAAAUCAGUUCCUGCUGUUUAUGAAAAGAUAAAAAAUGACGAUAUUGUGUUUCCUACUGAACCAAAAAUCUCAUCAGAUCUCAAAGAUUUGAUUACGAAAAUUCUACAAAAAGAUCCCAAUCUAAGAAUUAAUCUUCCGCAAAUUAAGGUUCACAAUUGGGUAACGGCCAAUGGCUUGCACCAUCUUCCGUCCGAGGAAGACAACUGUCGCUUAAUACAAAUUAGUGAUGAAGAUAUGAGUAGCGUUGUGAAGAGCAUUCCAAAAUUAGACACGCUUAUACUAAUUAAGACAAUGCUUAAGAAACACUCCUUCCAAAAUCCAUUUAUCACGAAGACUGUUUCGGGGCGAGCCUCACAACGGGGCAGAUCGCGCCUGGAGAAGUUUACACGAGCUGGACGCUCCAAUUCUGCUCCAGGAGUCUACCACACAUCUGAGAGGCAACUCUCCAGCGAUAACCUACUACCGUCUGUUAAAGAAGGCAUGCCUUCAUCGAGUGAAAAUCCUGUUUCAGAGGACGAUGUACAGCAGUAGUAUAGAGAUAUUGCACUACUAAGUAGAUUUCUUAUGCUAAAUAUUUCAAAAAGUUUUAACGCUUAUGACAAAAAAUUAACUAAUCAAAUCUCAAAGGGGCAUACAACUGGAGUUUUUUUCCUUAAAAACGUUGCAUUUGAGGUUCAUUUUUUAAAAAUAAAAAUAUAUAUAUUCGAAUUUUAUCGCAUAGAAAGAGAAAUAUUUAAAACGUUUUAAAUUAAAUUGUUCUAUGUCCCUUUUUAAAAUGAAAAAAAUCUUUCCUGUUAAAAACAAUCUCGAAUAAUUUUCUCUUUAAGAAAAAAUAAAUAAACAGAAACCAAAAACAUAUUAAAAUCUGACAAAUCACUCUCUUCUUCAAUCUUAUUAAUUAAAAUAGCAAACAAAAAAGUAGUUUUCUUUUCUAUAUACAAAAAGAAUUAAAAAUAACUAGGAGCACAAGAAUAAACAAAAAUAAAUAUGCAUCAGAUCCUGUGAUAUGAAGCCACACAAUGGGUUUAAUUUUAUUUACAUUUUUUUUGUUCUUAAUUUUUCUCAAAGGAAUCUUACUUGGGAAUGUGCUUAAAGAAAAAACUUGUAGCAUAAAGAUAAUUUUAUAUUAACCAAAAUGUUGUAGUUCAAAAAAAAUUAAGGGUGUUUUAAAUCAUUAUAUUACAGAACUUUUUGUGUAUAUUUGCUGUGAAUGUCGCAGCUAUUUUUGUAUAAACUAUAAAUUACGUGUAAAUUAAACUGUGUUUUUUAUAAAUGAGAUAUAUUUUAUCAAAACAAAGUGACCAAAAUGUAAAUUAUUACGCUUUAAUGGUUAGAAAUGAAAAAAAAAAGUGUUUAAUGUAGAUUUUAUGUUAGAGAGACAUAGCAAUUUGUUGGGGAGUAUACGAUUAAUUGCGAAGUCGUCUAUGGGGUACACUGAGGAGCAUAAUUUUGCUCAUAUAGUCGGAACAUUAAAUUUUACUAAAUAUAAAAAUAUUUCAGAUUACUUUUAGGUAUACAUUUUAACACAUUCAAUGCGACUAGACACUUCAAUCCGUUUGACGAUAAAUCGUAUUUUAUACGCUGUAAAAAAUCGCUAUGAAGUACUCUUUUGACAGUUACCCGGCUGACAAAUAUAUUCCGACGAAUUGGAUAAAAACUCGGAUAGUAAUUAAUCAAGCAAUCGUGAAUUAAUUUAAGAAUUUGAAGAAGGCGGAUUUUCAGUCGGAAACCUAGCUAAUUAAGUUUUAUUUAAAGCCGACGUUUCAGAUUAUUAUAAGUUCUUCCUCAGGGCUUAUCAAAUGCUGUAGAAUGGCCCUAAGAAAGGACCUGUAUACCCCGAAAUGUCAGUUUUAAAUAUAAAUUAAUUAACGAAGAAUCUUACUGAAAAAUCGCCAUUUUCAAAUUUGUUGAACGAAACGUAACGCUUAAUUUUUGAAGAAAAAAAAAUCAAGUAAAAUCGACAUUAGUUCCUGGACCAGCCGGGUAAACUUUUUAUGUUUGCAUAAUUCUAUACAUGUCGCGUAAAAAAUGAAUUUCGUGUAUUUUAUUCAUAACAACGGUUCUUGAAAUUUUAUCAAAGGCAUUUUCUUUUACAAAAUUUUAUGACGUAUUAACUAUGUUUUCUUUUAUAAGAAACAUAAACAAUUUUAACCCUGAAGUUUAACAAGUAAUUAAAAUCAUUUUUAUGAGAGUUUUGUUCACAAUCCACCUGGAUAAGUUUUUUUUAAUGGUAUUAAACAAAUUUCCCAAGAAUGUUUUGAAGAAUAUAAAAGCAUAGAAAAUUCUAUGGUUUUCUUUUCCGUGAAAUUUUCACUUAUUCACAGAAUAAUCUUUUGAAAGUUUCUUCAAACUUCUCAACUUUCAUUAACUAUAUUCAUAGACUAAAUGGAAUGCACAAGGAAUGUGCAGGAUGUAUUCAUCCUUUUCCGAAAUUCCGCAUUCUAGUUUGUAAAUUAAAUUAAUUCCUUCGAGAAACUUUACAAUUUCCCAAAGGGUUUUGUAUACCAACAUAGUAUGGAAAACCUUCCACCCUCAAGGAAAAUAAGUUAUCGGUUGAUUAAAUUGAGACAUUUAUGUGGAACUUUCGAGUGAUGUUUAAAUUAAAAAACUUUCCAUAUAUUGAAGGAACGUCGUUGUAAAUAACUUUCCAUUUUAGACGAUUUUUUUUCUUAAGUUCUUUGUUACAUGCUGGGAAAAACUUUGUGGCACGCAAGUGUGCUGAAAGUUUUAUAAUGCAUAAAGCUUUGAGUAAAGUUCAUUACCAUAAAAACUACAUCUUACUUUGGCACUCCUGUGUGCUUAUAUAGUUCCAAAAAUAGAGGGUUGGAAAUGCACUUUAAUUAGCUGUGUUUCUUUCAGACACAGCUUUUGUGUACCGAGCAAAAUCGAAAGUCGUCAGAUCGGGCUCAAACUUGGGAUGAGCACGAAUUAGGGUCCCCACAUUCCAAAAAACGUAUGCGCCAAAAAAAAUUUUUUCCGGCCGGCCGGCCGGCCGGCCGGCCGUCCGUCCGGCCGUGGUUUACGACUGAAUUGCGAGAGAACGGUAAUAGAUAGAGACUUGCGGUAAACGGCAAAGUUUAAAUAUCGACUGGAAGACAUCCGAUUAUGAUGUCAAAUUUUACCCCCCACCCCCCCGUCCGCCAUUUUGAAUAACCUCAAAAUUUUGUUUUCGCUAUAUCUCAGCCGCUAUUAUAGCUAGAGGGCUGAAAUUUUGAUAUGUUGUAGGGGCCAUCAAGACCUUUCCAACGAUACCUCAUUUUCCAAAAUCGGUCAAGCCGUUUAGUCAAUAUGGCCGCCACAAUUUUUCAUCGAAAAUCGACCAUAACUCGAAAACGACUUGACCGAUUUUGAUCAACCCGGGGUCAAAUGAAAGAUCUCAACAAACCCUACAACUCUCUAGAACAUCCGAAGUUUCAAAAGUGACCGCUAGGGGGCCAAAAAUCAAAAACAAAAUUUUCAAUGAGUUUUCGAUGAAUAUCUCGAAAACGACGACAUAAAUUUUUUUCAUUUUUUGAUAUGUUGUAGCUGACCAUAUUAUCUAGCUUCAUGCCAAAAAUGAAGAAAAUCUAUGGAUCCGUUCUCGAGAUAUAGCCUUCCAAAGUUGGCAUGUCAUAUCUCGGGUUCUACAAGUCCGAUCUUGAUCAACUCAAGCGCAAAUGAAAGGUUUCGUGAAGCCCUACAAAUGUCUAGAACAUUGCAAUUUCGAAAAAUGACCGCAAGAGGCGCUAAAGUCAAAAACAAAGUUUUCGAAAAUUUCGAACUCGAAUUUUUCGAAAAUGGCGACAUAAAUUUUUUUCAUUUUUCGAUAUGUUAUAGCUGACUUCAAGACCUUUCAAACAAAAAAAAAUUUAUGAAAAUCUAUGGAUCCGUUCUCGAGAUAUGGCCUUCCAAACAUUUCUUAGGGUAUGACUUUUCAACUUUUCCCGACUUUGCGCGUAUUUAAAUUAAUUCGCGUUCUAGUUUGCUCUCACAAAAUUGGUACACUGAAAGAAACACAGCUCCCGUAAGCUUGGUCAGCUUACCAGUACAUUUUCCUUUUUUGGGAAGUUUCUUCUCAAGGUGAAUACAUUGCCAUUCACGGCCAAGAAAUGCGUGUUACUUGUAUUCAAAUCGCGUGGCGAAAGGUACCUUUUGUGUAUGGAAAUGAGCAAAAAUUUGCUCCUCAGUGUAAUCUACAUAUGGAGCAUGCAUUAAUAUCGAGAGGUGGAUUCUUUUUAUGGUUAUGUGCGAGUUAAUUUGAUGAAUAUAUAACAGCAGAGAUCUUUAAUAGUUGUCAUAAAAAAUGACCUCUGUUAUUUUUUUUUAUUGCUACGAGAGAGGAUGUAAUUUGAUGUCUUCCUUUUGUUCUUAUAAAUUAUAUAUAAUUAUAAAUGUAUACAUAUGUAUGUAAUUAAAUUAGACAUUUGCCCCCUUAAGAGUAAUUUAUCGAAUUUAGUGGAAUAAAGCACAUACUAAGGGUAAAAAAAAAGUUAGAAAUGUGCAAAAAACUGCAUAAGACAAAUUGAAAAAAAAAACUUUCUUAUGGCCAUGUAAAGCUUUUUGUUAUUAAUUUUCAUAGGGACCAUUUUGUGAAGUAAAUAAAACAAGAGAAGGAACGAAAAAGAGGUAAAAAAACAAAAGAAAUCAAAAAUGAAAUAAAACAUUAAUGCAAAAUUCUUGCUGCGGAAUAUUUUGUAGCGAAGAAACAAAAAAGAAAAUAAAACAACGAAUGAUUUUUGUCCUGCAAUUUCGCAUUGGGAUGCUGUAUAUGUAUAUAAGAAACAAGAAGAUAUUAAUCCUAUAUUAAUCCGUGUAGAAUUAAUUAUAUAAUUAACCGGAGGAUCCAUUUAAAAACAUGUUAAUCUCACUACAUUUUAAGCAUUUAUUGAACAAAAUGAAAUUAAAUAAUAUAAACUGUACAAAGCAACGCACAGUCCCAAAGUUCAGUAGCCGUAGAAAGGGAAUUUGUGUAGUAAAAAAAAUAUUUACAAAAGGAAAAUCUUAUGUAAAAGAAAAUCUUCAUGUAAUCAACUUAAAUCAACAUUUGUUCAGGCUUUACUUAAAAAAAGAAAACAUAAAUCUCAUAUACAUACAUAAUAUAUUGAAACAUGAAAAACAAUUGAGUGUCUGAGCUUUUAAAGCUUAUCGUGGAACUUUUCAAAAUUAGCCAAAAUAUAUAUACAUCCUGUAUAUAAAGUUUUAAAAAUAAAUCUAUUUAAACAUUUCUAUAUAUUAAAAAACUUAUUAUAAUAUAGAAAUUUUUUCACUCGUAAUCUCCUUCUUAAUCUUUGCUAAAUGAAAGCAUGUAAAGUCAUUAUAUAUCUGUUUAUAUAUAAAAUUGUUGUGACACAUAAAUGAAUCCAAAGCUUUAUCUAUUUAAAGAGUGAUAAAUUGAAACAAUUUUAUAUAUUUAAAAAAUAUUAUAUAUAUAUUACUAAAUGAAAAUAUAUUAAACAAAAAUUCACGAUAAGAAUUUUAUCCAUUUUAUCACACAAAAAAGGAAAUUUAGUGUUUUUUUUUUUAACUAAACUUUAUUGGCAAAGAAAAUAUUUUCUUGGGAAAAAAAUUGAACUGUAAGGAAGUUGUUUAAUAUCCCAUAAAACGAGUUUUUGAAACUUUCUUUAUUUCCUCAAAAUAAACUUUCUUUACGACUUCUUUUUACCUUUUUUUUUCUUUUUGAAGAAAAACGUUUGCAAGAAAACAUUUAAGAGACAAUAAAAAGUUUUUCCUAGAAGAAAUAAAGUUUUCUUUUAGGAACUUUUAAAACUGAAGGUUUUUGUUAAAACUUUAAAGUUUAAACGAAAAAUGUGAAGAUGAUUUUUUUUUAUAUAAAGGAAAUAUUAUUUUUUAAAGAAUUUUUUUUUUAGAAAUCAGGAUGUGUGUUACAGAUCUGAAGAAUAAAAAGAAGGAAGGAAUAGAUUUGAAAAUCUUAAUAAAACAAUUAGAAUAAAAUUAUUUUUAUUUAAUAAAUAAAUAAUUUAUUUAAUCAGAACCUAAUGAUUUUAAUAGAAAAAUAAAAACUUUGUCAGUUAAAGUAAUAAAAAAACUAUAAAAUUCCUAUAAAUGUGUGAUAAUCCAGUUAUUCUUAAACGACUGUUAAAUAAAUAUAUAAUAAUUGAAAUAUUAGUCCCAUGCUCGCAACAUACUUAAGAAAAGAAAACUAAAGAAUCCGAAAAAACCGAAAUAAAUCAUCCUUCAUAGUCUCAUAAAAAGCUUUUGGCAUUUGCUACUUUAUUUUUUGUAAAAAUUUAAUAUUUUGAUGUGAAUUAAAAAAAAAAUGAGUGAAGAAAAAACCUAAUAAAACCCACAAAAUAGACCAAUUAAUUUUGCAUAAUUACUCAAAGAUUAAAUUAUCCCGCAUUUUGCGUUUUGAGAUUAAAAUAACAACAAAAAAGGAGAACGCAAACUUUUCAACAAUAUUUUGUGUGACGUAAACUUUUAAUUGCAUUGACGUUGAUACUCUUUGGUUUAGUAUUUAAUUACGGCUAAAUAUGUAUAUUGUCCACUUACUGUCGAUGGCAUAGAAAUAAUUUUGUAUGUAAAUUUGUUUUAUCAAAUUAAGUACAAUUUACUUUAAUUGGGGCAUAAGCGUAAAUGUUUAAAAAAAAUUUUCGUCUUUAUUAGAAAUACAUUUUUUUGUUACAUUUCCA